AUGCCGGUGCCACCACCCCCACCGCCACCCCCACCACCUCCUCUGCCUCCCCCUCCCCCACCUGUUGGGGCUCCUCCCCCACCUGCUGGGGCUCCUCCCCCUCCUCCACCACCAGUGCCUCUGGUGAGCACAGACACUUCCAGCCUGAGAAAGACAGAACUGAAAGGUCGGAGUGCACUGUUGGCUGACAUCCAGCAAGGAACUCAGCUGCGAAAAGUCACACAGAUCAAUGACCGCAGUGCCCCUCAAAUAGAGAGUUCUAAAGGAACCAAUAAAGAAGGAGGAGGCUCUACAAAUCCUACAAAUGCCCGGGGAGGAAGCACCCCUCCAGCCCUGGGAGAUCUCUUCGCUGGAGGCUUUCCUGUGUUAAGACCAACAGGUCAGAGGGAUGCAGCAGGUGGCAAGACCGGGCCAGCCCCUGGCUCCCGCGCGCCCUCUCCCAGGCUUCCCAUCAAGGCCAUCGGCGGCCCGCCUAACCCCCCUGCCUCUCCCAGGCUAGGCAAUGCCUCAGAGGUGCAGGGCACUACCAGGAUGGGCCCUCCUCGCCCCAGCGUGCCUGCCCCACCGCCUCCCACCCCGCCCCCACCUCCCCCGCCCCCACCUCCACCUUUACCUCCUUCACCCCCCAUCAAAGCCUCCCUCAUCUCUCCACCUGUCCCACUAAUCAAAGGCAAUCCUCCAGUAGCUGCACCCCCUCUUGCCUGUGCCCCACCACCUCCUCCCCCUCCUCCCCCUCCUCCUCCUCCUCCUCUUCCUCCAACUCCACCUCAGCUGCCCCCUGCCUCAGUGCUGGGCGACAAAGCUUCCAAGCCCCAGCUAGCCCCCUUGCCCCUCCCACCCAUCCCUCCCCCUCUCCCUCUUCUCCCACCUUGUGGAUAUCCUGGGCUCAAUUCAGAACCUGACAGCCCAGCCCAAGAGGUGCAGGAGCCUCCUGCCCCACCACCCCCGCCACCACUGCCACCUACACUCCCCUUGUAUGCUUCCUGCUCCCCCAGGGCACCUAUGCCCACACCCCCUUUGCCAGGUUCUAAUAACAGCUGUGAAACCCCUCCUCCCCUGCCCCCCAAAUCUCCCAGUUUCCAGGCCCAGCCUCAGAAGGCUGGUGUGCAGGGCCUGUCUGCUCCUCCGGUUCCUCCAGGGUCUCAGCUGCUCCUGCAGAAGAAGAGGCUUGGCCGAGGCCCGGGGGCCAGUGGAGGGAAGCUAAACCCACCGCCAGCACCCCCUGCAAGAUCGCCCACCACAGAGCUUUCAAGCAAGAGCCAGCAGGCCCCAGCCUGGACUGCAAGCCAGCAACCUGGAGGUCAGCUGCGGAAUGGAAAUCUGCACAUCAUUGAUGACUUCGAGUCUAAAUUCACGUUCCAUUCUGUGGAAGACUUUCCCCCUCCAGAUGAGUACAAACCAUGCCAGAAGAUUUACCCCAGCAAGCUCACUAGAAGCCGCACACCUGGUCCCUGGCUCCAGGCGGAGGCAGCUGGGCAGAGCCCUGAUGACAUCAAAGGCAGAAAUUCUCAGCUAUCUCUAAAGACACUCCGGUGAGAAGAGGGAUGAAGCCAAGGUCCCUGGAUUCUGGGCAUCAGGGAUGAGCACCCCCCAGGAGAAUGUGUCAGACUCCAGCAAUCACUAGCUGUACUCAGUCCACAUACAGGCUCUGAGCAGAGCGUUUAUUUAUUGUAAAUAUGUGGUUUGCAUGAACGUUAGCCAUUUAGACAACUUUUGAGUCAUAUUUUUAAAGACAGUCACCAUCACUUCUGCAUUUUUUAAAGCUUCUUGACAUUUUUUUGUGUGUCUGUACAUAGAGCCUUGUCCCACCCCAUAGUGUCCAUUCUGUGAUUGUAAAUGCGCUUUCAGGCUGGCCCGUGCUAGAUUCUGAACCAUUUUCAGAGCAUCCUUAGUUACAAGUUACUCCCAAAGUCCUAAGUAUCCACAACAACCUCUCAUUGGCAUGACUUUAUAUUCUCAUCACACCAACUGCAAAAUCAGACCAAAUAAUGCCUUAUCAAUGAUGCAGCUCAGAGAAAGUAACGUGUCCCCCACACCCUAACCGCGCCGCGCAGCCUCCAGUGAGUGAGAUGCUACGUCUCACUUCCACUUCACAGUACAGGGAUGACUUUUUGCUGCCUAAUGUAAAUAUUAUUGCAAUGUAAAAGGCAGGAGUGGGCUUGGUCCCUUCAAGCCUUCCCAGGGCCCCUUUUUGUAACUGAAUUGUCCUACAAGUAGCCAAUGCUCUUAACUGUUUACAGCGCCACCUAGUGUCCUAAUUUCCAUCACUCUCCUCCCGUCCCUCCAAAUUCCCAAUCCCACCCUGGGAAGCUUGGCUUUAUGAGAUUUCAGUAUUUGUUUGCCCCUUCAGGUAAACAACUAUAGAUAACCUGUGAUUAUGGUAAAUUAUUCAUUGUAUUCCAGAAGUCUCUCUCCCCAUCUUUUCAUCCCAAAUGCAAGAUUUCCAUGGACAAUGUGACGUGGAAACGCAUGGAAGGAAACAUCUCAUCAAAUAGUAUCUCAAAGAGCUGACCCUUGUGAAACCUGAAGCACCUCAGGACACAUGGAGCUCCUUUCUAAGCUGAAGAACAAAACUGUCCUGAAAGCUCCCCCGGGGCCUUGUGCUGGGCCCCAGGAUGUGUUGGUGUGCCCAGGGAAUUCAGCUGCUCUGCAUGUGGAAAGGGUUGGCGGAGGCAGGCACUGUUCCUCAGACCCUUUCUUUGAGCCUCAAAGGAAGUGUGCAGGUUCCUUCCUGUUCACUCUAAAAGUUCCCAUCCAUUAAGGUGGGGAGGCUAUGCCACAGAAAGGAGAGAAAAUAGACGGGAACAGACUGAUCUCUGGGCUGUGCUCAAAAUAGCUACAGAUGAAAAGAAAUCAGGGAGGAGAGCAGUGAACAAUCACUAGCUCAGAACAACCCACUCACACUCACACCUGAAGCCUAGCAGGCCUGAGCUAAGCCAGCCAGGAAAGGUGAAGAAACAUGUAGCCCAUGGGACUCCAAACACCUGGUUGGUUGUUGUCCAGAAAAAGGACUAAGGCAGUGUCCUACAUUGAUGUCGUGUUUCCUUGACCCAGGUAGGAGAAACAGCCAUGAUCAAGUUGCCAUCUCUGUGGGGGGUGACUCAGGCCAAACUGUAACAGCCAAAUCAAUGGAAAAGGCCUCUUCGGGCCUUUUGUGUUCUUGAUUUGUAUUGUUUCUGGAAGUUCUCCAAAAGAUCAGAGUUUAUUCUAACAGUACCCACUCCACUUUCCUCUCAGUUGUGUAGAGUAAGUCCACAUGCUUUAAUCAUCCCGAUGAAGACAGCCCUACACAAUGGCAAUUCCAGUUUUGGAGUAGACUGCCUCCCUUGUUCAUGUUCUGUACCUCUGGAUAGAAAUUAAAGCAAAACUAUCUAAGGACAGAGGAAAGAAAUGAGCAGAAACCAAAAAAACGGCAAGUAGGGAGAAAUCUCAGGAAUCCAACAUCACAUCUCUCCUCCAGACCUAUCACUGAACCCACAGCCCUCUGAGCUCCUGCUGGCACCCUGAGCUCCUUCCAGAGUGUACAGACUGAGCCUUGACCAUGAACUCGGGCCAGGGCGUUCCCCACAUCCCUCCCUUCUUCUACCUUGUAGUCUGUGAUUCCCCAUGUUUCACUGUAUUUUAUAUUUAUUGAUGACUCCCUCUGCAGAUUCAU